UAUCAGAAUGACAACUACUGCUGGGAAUGCCAUAGAGAAGGUGUUUUUAUAUGCUGUGAAAUGUGUCCAAGAGUGUUUCAUCUCAAGUGUGCUGGAAUGGACAAAGAACCAGAAGAAGACUGGGCAUGUAGUGAAUGCCAUGCUGUUAUGCAGGCAGAAAAUAUUGAAAAUAGAUCUCGAGCGAUGCAGCUAAUAUCUGUUGAGCAAUUGUGUACACUUCUAAAGUUUGCACUAAAUCGUCUAAAGACAAUGCCAGGGAUGGAGCCUUUUACGAAGCCAGUAGACACGGCAGAAUUUCCAACCUAUGAAGAUGUUGUUGUUCAUCCAGUGGACUUCACUUCCCUUGAGCGGAACAUCAAACGCAAGUUUUAUGGUUCUACUGAAGCAUUUUCAUCUGAUGCCAGAUGGAUUGUGCACAACUCGGUGAUAUUCAAUGGAGCCAAUUCCAAAGUGACAUCAAUGGCGCGUUCUUUGGUCAAAAUUCUAAAACAGGACAUGAGUGAGAUUGAAACAUGCCCAGACUGUUAUAUGAAUGCCCACCAGAAGCCCAAGACUUGGUUCAUUGAAGCAUGUAGAUCUGCACAUCCUUUGAUUUGGGCAAGGUUGAAAGGCUUUCCAUUUUGGCCAGCAAAAGCUGUGAAGUGGAGAGACGGAAAUGUAGAUGUCAGAUUUUUUGGCAGACAUGACAGGUCUUGGGUUCCAGUUAAAGAGUGCUUCCUCUUCUCAGAACAAAUGCCUACACCACUUAAAAACCGUAAUAAAACACUAGAAUCAUGUCUUCAGGAGGUAAAUGAGCACAUAGUCAAGCUGCGUGAAAGGUUUGGAAGAUUCAAAUAUGCACCUCAUCGUGUUCAGUUCAAUCCACUAGAUGCUGACCAAAUCAAGAUCAUGCUCCCUAACUAUAAAACACCAGUUCCUGUGAGAGUUCGGUCACAGUCCAGAGCUUUCUCCAGAUUGUCUGGUCAUUCAGAUGAUGAGACAUCUUCUGUUGCAUCAACUGAUAGUGGUGCUUCAGUGAGACGACGCAAAAGAGAAUCUGGAACUUCCUCAGCCACGCAAGAGACCGAGACUGAAGCAGAGAUUCCCAGUCAAAUCUCAGAUCACGGGGAUGAAGACAACAUAGAAGAAGGGAAUGAAAGUGCCAAGAAGGAAGAAAAGCCUUUAGCUGAUCCAGAGAUUAAGAAGGAGGCCAAGGAUGAAGAUGAACUAGAAGACUUGCCAGACAGAGGUGAAGAUGAGGAGGAGGAAAAAUUUAAAGAUGAAAUGGAUACAAAACCUGAGAUUGAAGAUGGUGGAGAUGAAUUUGAUGAAUAUCCUGUAGGGAACUUUGAGGAUGAGGAAGAAGACAAUGAGGAAGGUGAUGAAAUGGCAUUAGUAAAUGGGAAACCAACAGAAAUAAAGAGUGUAAUUGAAAAAGUUGAUGAGAGUCUAGUGAAAAAAGAAACGGUAAGUGAUGAUGAAGAGAAACCUACUAAUAUUGAAGAAGUUGUGAAAAGGGAUAGAAAAUCACCAGAAAGUAGUGAAAAAGAAAAUACAGAUGUCAGUGCUGGUCAGUUUGAAAAAAAUGAGGGUUUCGGUGACAGUGACAAGGAAGAUGGUGAGAGUGAGGAUGAAGAGGAAGAGGAAGAUGAAGAUGAUGAUGAUGAUGAGGAGGAGGAGGAAGUAGAAGAAGAAGAGGAAGGCCUUGGCAACCUUGUGCUAAGUACUGAAGGUGAAGAUGCCUAUGAAGAUGAAGAAACAAGUGAGAAAAUGGGGGCUGAAGAGUAUGAAAGAAAAGAGAAAAAUGAAGAGAAGUUGGUGGAAGAAUUGUUAAAGUCACGGACAGACAGCAAAGCUGAUAAAGAUAAUAGUGAAAACAGAAUCAGAGACAAUGUAUCAGAAAAUGUCAAGGAAAGUAAUAUAGAUGAUCAACAAAGUGAAAGUUUGGAUAGGCAGACACAGGGUGAACAUGAUAUUCAUGUCAGUACUUUACAAGAAAAUUUAUUAGAUAUCCUGAAAAAAGAUGAAGGUGCAGAAUUAUCCGAUUCUGAAGAUGGUGCACAUAAAGAUUUAAAGGACAAACCCAGAAUAGCAGCUCAGCUUCAAGAAAAUUUCAAAGAAAAAGAUGAAGUGUCCUCACCAGAAAAUCAAAGUGAAGAAAGUGAUAUGGAUGAGGAGGACAUGGACAAAAGCUUAACAUUUAAAGAUUCUAAUGAGAAUGUUGAAAGUGAAAGUGAUUCAGAUGAAUGUGAAAAGGAGUUGAAAAACAGUGUGAAAGAAACAAAAUCUUUGGUUGAAAAGAUUGACAGUGAAAAUGAAAGUCAUUGUAAAGAGAAUAAAGGUGCUCAUAGUAACAGUUUAGACUCCAAAGAAAGUGAAGCAAAGGAGGCUAAGUUACUUGUAAAUAUAGAUAAAAGUAACCAAGAAAGAACUGAAGAGAAGGUCAGUAUAAGUAGAGAUCUAGCAGAAUCAAUACAGAACAAGUUGACUAGGGAAUGUGGAAAAUCUGAAACAGGAAAUGAAUAUGAAUCAGUUCAUAAAGAAGCUUCAAGUGUAUGUGAUGUAGAAAGAAUGGAUAUUGAUGAAUAUUCAGUGAGUAAGAAAGAAGGGAAAAAGCAAGAUGUAGAUAGUAGAGCAGAAGACGAGAAAAUGGAAGUUGAGGAUAGUACCAGCAGCAAGAGCACUCUACUUGAUGCUGUUCAGCUAAUGAAGAACAUGGGAACAAUAGCAAUAACAAGAGUGGAUGGAAAAACACUGGAACAUGGUUGUGGAAGUGCGAAGGAAAAGGAGAGAGCAGAAGGAAAUGAUGAUAGAAAGAGUAGCAGUGAUGAUUCAAACCGAAAUACUCCAAACUCUCAGAGACCAUCUCCAGCUCCAAGAGUUUCAGAAAAAGAUAUGGAGCAACACAUAUCUUCUUUAGGUUGUAGUGUAAGUGUGACAAAAGCAGUAGAUAAGGAUAGAGAGAAGGAGAAAGAAAAAGAGAAGGAAAAGGUUAAAAUGCCAUCUGGUGUGGAUACAACACGUCUUAGCCCUUCUAUAUCAAUCAUUCCUGUAGCUAGCGCAGCAGAGCGACAGCGAACAAAAACCACCAUUGCUCCAUCGGCUUCACCAAAUGAAAGUCAGAAUUCACCAACAGUUUCGACACAAAGUGCUCCCAGAACUUCCCCUGCUGUCAAUCAGAAUCCUCCAUCAACUAGUACAUCAAGUAUAUCUGAAACAACACCAUCAACUGCAGCACAGAAUGCACCCCAGAGAGUAUCCUCUGCGUCAUCCAGUAGUUCACCACAGACUGCAGGUGGAAAUAAUAUUCCUCCUCCUCCACCUCUUUCUCAUCCUCAGGCUUCACAAAAUGUUGUGGGUCCAAGAGGAGUAUUUGGUCCUCCACCCCCAGGAAGCCAGGUUUUAGGAAUGCCAGGUGCUCGAGGGCCCAUCAUGUCAAGUCCAGGCCUGAGAAUGAUGACCAGCUCUGGACCAGGUGUGUUGAUCCCAUCACGCAUGCCUGGGGGACCUGGCAUGACACCCACAAGACACCUACCACCAGAAGCAGGUCCACUCUCCUCACAGUUGCACAAGCACUCACAAAAGUUGGCAGAGGUGAUGAGGGCCACUCUUGAAGAUGUCUUGGCAGGUCUUGUUGGAACGGGGACACCAGAAGCACGUCUGGCAGCCCUACAGUUAGAACUUGAGCGAACUAGUUGGCGACACCAGCAGGAACUGGCAGAAGUUCGGCAUAAUGCAGAUGUCAUGCUUGUGGAGAUGAGAGCAAACCUGGAAGCUGAGAAACAAAGAGCUGUAGAAGAAGUGAGAAGACAGAUGGAGCAACAGAUGGUGGAAGCAAGAAGACAAAUGGAAAGGCAAAUGGUUGAACGCUUGGCUGAAGUAAGAAGACAGAUGGAAGCAGAAAAACAAAGAGCUGUGGAAGAAACUAAAAAGAAACAGUGGUGUGCAAAUUGUGGCAAGGAAGCUCUUUUCUUCUGCUGUUGGAAUACCUCAUAUUGUGACUAUCCAUGUCAGCAAUCACACUGGCCUCAACAUAUGGCAGUUUGUGGUCAGAAUAGUGACAGUGGAGGUGGUGAAGGUGGCCCAGAUUCAGUUAAUGGUGAAGCAAGUGGCCAUUCUUCCAGGGUCUCAACUCCUCAAAACUUGGUAGUAACACAGCAAUAUGUGGAUGAGGAAGGAGCAGUAGCUUUGGCAGAGGAGCAUCGCAGAAGAAAACAACGAGAGAAUCCAUCACCUUUAUAUGGUGACAUGGCUCUGAUGAACCGUGGAUCACCAGCUGGUGGUGUUCCAGGUGCAAUGAAUGCCAAUGCAGGAGUUCCAACAGGUAGUCCAAAUAUGGCAGCACUGAGUCCUGGCAGUCGGGCAGGAAUGGCCAACCUUGGGGGCCCAGCUAUGGCUGCCAUGGCUGCCAUGGCUGCCGGGAGUGCUGGAGCACAGAGUGGUCAUAGUGGAGUUCACGGUGGGAUGAAGAUGCCAAGAUAUAUGCCUCCAAAUAUUUUGCAGCAACAGCAGAUGUAUGGUGGAGUAGAUCCACGCAUGAUGAUGAUGAUGGGGCGAGGGAUGCCACCAGGAGCCGCAGCUGCAGCAAUGAUGAGAAGUCCCAUGCAUCACUUCAGGCCAAGGUUUAUGUGACCUACAUUCAGUGCAUUUAAUGGGGGUGAAUUGUAUAACUUUCAGCAAGAGACCCAAUUACAAAUGGAGGAUAUUAAAGGAGGCUUUCCAAGGUGAAAGCGGAGUGGAAAAUACACCAGUCUCUAGAUUGGCAUGGUAGUGAGGUCCAGAUAUCUUGAACUUUGAUAUGUGAAAGAGAGGAGGUGUUUUGCAGAUAUAUAUAGUACAUGAUGUUAACUGAAACUGUAAAUACAAACUAUGCUUUGGAAUUUAAACCAACCACUUAUUUGUUCAAAAUGUGAAAAGAAACAGUUUUUCACCAUUUUAUUAUUACUUUUAGAAUUUUAAGUUGGUAAGAACUCUGUGAAGAGAUGUUCUCAAGUUGAGUCUCCAGUGAGGCUUCCCUGGUUUACCACAUAAUAUAAAGUGACACAGAACUUGAUCUCAAACGUAUGUAUACUAAACUACAUCUGUAAGUACUUGUAUGUUAGGCAAGUAUAAUUUUCUACCUUAAUGUUACAUGAUUCAUGUAAACGAUCAUAGUAUAUAAGUAAAAUAUAAUAUUUACUAAUGACAACUUCAAAGUUAUUGUGCAGUAGAUGCUGCAUGAUCUGUAUUGAGACGAAAUACAUCUAGAGUUGUAAUUUUCAGUUAGAAAUCUCCAUCAAGAUAUUUUGUCAUUAUAUUGAAAGAUAUAUUUUCUGUGCAUUGCAAUUUGAUCUGGAAAAAAUAUAUAUUUUCUCUAAACCAAUUUAUUGGAAUUUAGCUGUCAAAAUAUUUGUGAGGCUACAGAUCUGGUGGAUUGUUUGCUUUCACUUCUUUUUCAUAAAUUAUGAUGAUAGCAGUCAUAUAUGAUGGAAAGCAAGGCCUUUUCACCUAAGUUCUUCUUAAUCAUACUUCAAAAGGGCUACAGGGUCACAUGUCACUCAUGUCACAAAAAGCUGUUCCUAGUUUGUUCCUCAACAUGCACAAAAUGCUCUUCAGUCGGACCUCUAAGGUAAUACUGCACUUGGCUUUGCCUUUUUAUUUGUUAGACCAGAAAGUAAUUUUUUUUCUAUAAAGAAUAAGUAGAAUUGUUUCCUAUCAGUAAAACUGAUGUAAAUACCUUUUCGUAUAUCCAUAUAAUUUCAUGCUAAAUGAUUUACUGGCACCUUUCUUUUUGGAUCCAAUGUGCUCGUCAUGAAUGUACAAAAACAUUUGAUAUAUAUUUGAAACAGUGCCAAUUGUUUAUGAAAAGAAAUUAAAUACAUAUAUUUGUCUUCUAUGGUAAUGUUUGUUGCACCUUCACUUUGCCUUGGCUUUAUUCUUUGAAAAUUGUUGCUUAAGUUAUCAAUGACACAUUUUUGAAAGCUUUGCAAUUAAGUACUGAUGUUAAGCAUUUUGAUUAUGUAGUUAGGGAGGUUCGACUGCAUGAAUGGUAAACAAGAAAUAAGGUAAUAAAUGGUGUGUAGUACUUCAUGUUAUUGAUUUCUCAAAUAAUGUAAUAACUUCAAUAGAUAAGCAUAAUCAUCUGAGUUGUUUGAGAAAUAUUUUCCCCAUGUACAUCAAAUACAUUUCAGUAACAGUGUUUUUCACUCACAAUAUUGUAUGUCAUGUAUAAUGUGUCUGAGUAGUUUGUCUUUUUACUUGGUUACUACCAUUAGAAGGACUGUUCAAGUCUGUUGGAUGAUCAAGUUCUAUUGUGCCAUCUUAUUUUGUGGUUGUCUGACAGGUUGUGAUUGUCUGAUACAUAAGGUGUACAGGUAUAUUUGGAAGGGAUGAAAAGUACAUAUUUCAGUUAAGAACAUGCAGAGUUUUUAAAAUCAUAAAGAGAAAGGGGCAUGUGCUGGGGGAGACUUUUUUCCUUUUUGAAAGUACGAAAGGGGAGGCUGUCAAUAUUUAUACAAAAUAGGUAAUAAGAUUUUGUAUGCUUCCAUUUCAAACAUUACAGAGUAAGCUUUUCAGUGUUGCCUUGUUGACAUACUUUUUAUAUUUAUCAUCUGUAGUGAGACAGCUUAUGUUUACUUGGAUUUAUGGUUGUUACUUUGAUUGUUGAGCUUUAAAAAUGUGCUUUUCCUUUGAAAGUUAAGUUGAAGGUUUUCAUUUCCUUUCUUUUUUAUAAGGAUUAUCCCAAGUUGAAGGUUUGUAAAAAAAAAAAAAAAAAAAAUCUUUUUUCUUUCUUUUGUUCGUUCGUCUUCUUUCUUUCUUUCUUUCUUUUUCUUCUUCUUCUUCUUCUUCUUGGGGGGGGAUAACCCCUUUACAUCUUCCAUUAAUUGUGCUCUCUACCUUAAUUUGUAUGUAUAAUCAGUACUGUAUAGGAUAAUACUCAAAAUUUGGUGCUUCUCUCUGAGCUAAGGUUGUGCAAGUAUUCCAUUAAACUGAUAUUAUAUUGGUAGCUAUUACUCUCUAAUUAUUUUUAGUGAUUAAGAAGAAAUUGUAUUUUUGGAAGGUCUUAUCCUGUGCUCUACUUAAAGUGUAAUGAUAUGUAGAUAAUGGGUGACAUACCUGGUAAUUGUAUAUAAUUUUGGAGUUCUUUUUUCUUUCCUUUGUAAAGAUAUGUAUUCAUCACUAGAUGAAUGAAUGUUCAAUACUGGGAGACCUAGGAAUUCCAGUGACUGUCAUUUCUCCCAAGAAGCUGGAUACAAAAUAUAUACAUGGCUCAUUAAAUGUUCUUUUUGUUGAACUUUUUAUUAAAGAAGAAGAGAGUGAUUAAUACUUGUCUUGUUUAUAGUUGUUAUUUAAAUACUCAUGAACCUCAAAGCAAUAUUUAUCUUUAGAUUGUGCAGAUGUUUUGCUGUAGUGGCUAUGAGCAUUUCAGUUUCUUUUUAAGUGAUAUAAUUGUACUUAAUGUGGUAUGGCCAGUGAGCUUGAUAAAUGGCAGCUAUACUUCAUCUGAUACCAGUGUUCUGUAACAACAACUUUCUAAGUUUCAUAAAAUGGACUUCAUUUUACUUUUUAAUUCAUUUAACAAAACUGAACAUGAAUGUUUAUGUCCCUUGGCAUAAUAUGUUGAGGUAAAAUUUUGUGUUCAUUGUGUGUAACUGUAUAGUGUGACUAAUAUUCUGUAGUUCUGGCAAUUGAAAGAAAAAUAUUUGAAUAGACUCAAAAGAAAAAAAAAGGGUUUCAUAAUUUUCAGUAUUUCUUUUGCUAAAGUCCAGUAAGCAUUUUCUCAUCACCUUGGUUCCUAGAAGAUUUUGUAAUAGUUUUUCCAGUGGCUGACUCCUCAAAAUUUCAAUAUAUUAGACCAAUAAUUAGCAUUUAUUUGUAUUUAUUUGUAUUUUAGGAUAAUGACUGCAAUAAGGAUAAGUCAAAUUAUGUUUUGUAUAAGAAUAAGUAACAUAUAGUCUAGCAUUUUCUAUUAUUUUUGUUGGAACAGGUAGUGCAUCAUCAGAAGCAACAAAACUUUAUUCUAUUUUUUAUCAUAUACAUUAUAACAUAGAUUAAAGUCAUAGAAUCCAAUUAGAAAAGUUUGAUGAAUGACACUUUCAAGAAAGGUGAUAUUGUUGUAUGUUGCUCAACUUUCAGUCACACUUCUUGUUGCUUCAGUAUUUUAUACAUGUAGAUACAGAGGUUAUUGUCAUCAAGAUAAUCUAAGUACCUUUUUUUCUUUUUUACGUUUUAUCACAUAUCAAUGAAAGCUUUAGGUAAGGUCAUUUGGAUAUACAUGCAAUAUCUGAAAUUACAGACAUGUCAUUUCCAUUUGGUGGUGCAGUUCACUGAUUAAUUGCAUGUCACAUUGAGCAGACAACCCACAGAAAGAAUGUUAUACAUUGUACUUUGAUUUACCAAAGAGCAAUAUCAAACUCUUCAAAGAAAGAAAUAGUUACAUAAUAGUAUCCAUACCUCUAAAAAAAAAAAAUCUCUCUGUUGAGGACCACGUUAGAUAUUCGUCUUUUGCUCUCUCUUGUGAUUGCUGCUACAAGAGGGUUGCAUCAUGAAGGACCUUAGUGGACUUUCAGUCUCGGUUAACUGUCCUCUCUCACAUUUGACUCUAUGCAUUACUAUGAUAGUUUAUUUUGGAGUAACAUACAUCAUUUUAGGAAGUAUUAGUCAUGUUUGGGGAUAAUAUACACUUUUUUUUUUUUUUUUUUUUUUUUUUUUUUUUUUUUUUCAUUUUAUCAUUUUAUUUGUAUGGUCAUUACUCUUCAUUAUUACAUUUCCCCAUAUUUUAUUUUCAGUUGUAGAUUAUUAAUCAAAAUAAGGUUCUGUUAUGCUUAAUCCUUCAGUAAUUAACUGUAGCAAAAUGUUGUUACCUUUAUAAAUGUUCACAUAGCAUAUGAGAAAUAAUUUGUUUUAAAUCAACAUAAAAUGAAUGAUUUUUUUAAAUUUUAUUGGAAGACAUUAUAAGCAGAUGUGAAUGUGUAAGUAAAUGUCUAGCUUUGAGAAUGCAAGUAAAUAUUGCAGAUAUGUCAGAAUAUUUCUCUUCAAUAUGGUGGCAAACUAUCCAUAGUGUUGCUAUUCAGUAUAGAUCUCCAACAGAACUUGACCAUUCUGUUUUGUGUAUGACAAAACCUUACCCAUUGUGUUGUGUUUAAUCUUUGUGUGAUAAUGGUGCUGACUCAAUGACAGUGCUGUGGUUGUUAAUUUUGUUGAUAAUGAUAAUAAGACAAAUGUAAACUUGUAUAUAAGGAUUUUUAGUAGGUUAUUGUAAAAGCUUUCUCAUGAGCAGUAAAUUAUUGUUGUAUGAUCAUCUCUAAACAUAAGGGAAUUGCAGUGUUGAUAAUGAGCAAGGCCUCUUUUCUUUCUUUCAUUCUUUGGUUUUGAAUAGGAAAAAAGUAUGUAUACCUCUAGGAGAUAGAUUAGAAUUUGAUGUAAUGAGUAACUGAUAGUAUUCAGUACAGUGUUCAAAGUUGUUCCUAGAAACUCACAAAGGUGCACAUCCCUUACUUUUUCUCAUCUUCUACAUGUGGUAAAUGAAAGUGUGAAUCUGUAUGAAUGAGUCAGGAAGCAAAUAUCUAUGAAUGUGGAAUUUAUUUGAGUGCUUUUUAUUUAGCCUUUUCUUUCUUUCUUUUUUCCUUUAUUUUUUACCUUAACCUUAGACUGUUUUAUAUUGCCAUUCACUAGUCCAGUGAAGUGAAUGCAGUUCACCAGUUUUCAUAUGACUUAAUUCACUACACAGCCAAGGGUUGCUGCUGACCUACACUACAAGCUAAUAAAAAGGCUUAUGGAAUUUCAUUUUUACAUUAAUUUUCAUCCCAUGCUUUUGUGAAUAUUUCACUUCUUUAUUAUAAUUUUUAGCUGCUUGGCUUAGGUAUAUUUUGUGUGUCUAAUGUCUACCAUUUCAUAUUUUGUUUCAUUGUAAAUACCUUUGCUAUGGUAGUGAAUCCAGUAGUUGUGGAUAUGACCUGUAGAAAAUGUUAGUGAUUUAUUUUUCUAGUAAACAAGUAGUAUUCAUUUCAGUGACCUAAUGUAUCAAGUUUUUCAAUACUUAAAAUAAAAUAAACUUUCUAUGUA